UUUUUGAUUCUACGACGAACGACAUCGCUUUCCUUAACAGUUUCGGCGGGUUUAUCACGCCUGAAUCCUAAUUUUUCCAACAUCUGACGAACGAGUACAGAAAUUUCUGGUUAUUUAUCUUGUGUGACAUUCGUGAGACGUAGUUUAGUUUAGUUAGAUUGAUUUCCAUCGGAUUCAUCAUAGGCUAGAAGAAACAAUUCCUUUGGCUGAGCCGAGAGACGUGAAUAUAUAGACGAAGAUGUUCGGUUCUUCUAAUAAUAAUCCUUUUGGACAGUCAUCUAUAAGCAGUCCUUUUGGGACCCAAACUCAUUCUUUGUUCGGACAGACCAAUAAUAACGCGAGCAAUAAUCCUUUUGCUACGAAACCUUUUGGUACUUCUACUCCUUUUGGCGCACAGACAGGGAGUUCUAUGUUUGGGGGCACUUCAACUGGUGUGUUUGGUGCACCUCAAACUUCUUCACCUUUUGGUGCUUCACCACAAGCGUUUGGGAGCUCUACUCAGGCUUUUGGAGCAUCUUCUACCCCUUCAUUUGGCAGUUCAAAUUCACCUUUUGGUGGCACCUCUACGUUUGGUCAGAAGUCUUUUGGCCUCUCAACACCUCAGUCAAGUCCUUUUGGAAGCACCACACAACAAUCACAGCCUGCCUUUGGAAACAGCACUUUUGGUUCAUCAACACCUUUUGGUGCCUCAACCACGCCUGCCUUUGGUGCCUCUAGCACGCCUGCCUUUGGUGUCUCAAACACUUCCGGGUUUGGAGCCACAAACACACCCGGAUUUGGUGCCACAAACACAACAGGGUUUGGUGGCAGUAGCACACCUGGGUUUGGGGCAUCAAGCACGCCUGCCUUUGGCUCCACAAACACGCCUGCUUUUGGUGCUUCAAGUACUCCUUUAUUCGGCUCCUCGAGCUCACCUGCAUUUGGUGCGUCACCUGCUCCAGCCUUUGGUAGCUCUGGCAAUGCAUUUGGCAACAAUACCUUCAGUUCUGGAGGUGCUUUUGGUUCAUCAAGCACUCCUACGUUUGGGGCAUCUAACACUUCUGCCUUUGGGGCAUCAAGUUCCCCAUCUUUUAAUUUCGGUUCUUCCCCAGCUUUUGGACAGUCUACCUCAGCAUUUGGUAGCAGUUCCUUUGGUUCUACACAAUCUUCCUUAGGUUCUACACCAUCUCCCUUCGGAGCCCAAGGUGCACAGGCUUCGACUUCAACAUUUGGGGGUCAAUCAACUAUCGGGGGUCAACAAGGGGGGAGUAGGGUUAUUCCUUAUGCACCUACAACUGACACAGCGUCAGGCACUGAAAGCAAGUCUGAAAGACUACAAUCUAUAUCUGCCAUGCCUGCACACAAAGGGAAAAACAUGGAGGAGCUUAGGUGGGAGGACUACCAGCGAGGAGAUAAAGGAGGACAACGUUCUACUGGUCAAUCUCCUGAAGGUGCUGGAUUUGGUGUAACAAAUUCUCAGCCAAGUAUAUUCUCUACGUCACCAGCGUUUAGCCAGACACCUGUGAAUCCAACAAACCCUUUUUCACAGACGACUCCAACAAGUAACACAAAUUUUUCCCCCUCCUUUAGUCAACCCACUACCCCAUCCUUUGGUCAACCCACUACCCCAUCCUUUAGGUCAACUGUAUCAAAUACUACAUCCGUUUUUGGAUCAUCCUCUAGUUUAACAACAAACACAUCGCAGCCACUUGGUUCAUCAAUAUUUGGUUCUACUCCUGCACAUGGGUCAACUCCAGGAUUUAGCAUUGGUGGAUUUAACAACAGUCAGUCAUCUCCGCUGUUUGGUUCAAACCCCUCAUUUGCACAAAAUACCACUCCUGCAUUCAGCCAGACUAGUCCUUUGUUUGGACAGAAUACCACUCCUGCAUUAGGACAGUCUAGUUCUGUGUUUGGACAGAAUACCAAUCCUGCACUUGUACAGAGCAACACUUUCAGUACACCUUCCACUGGCUUUGGGAACACGUUUUCAAGCUCUUCAUCCUUAACUACAAGCAUCUCCCCCUUUGGUCAAAUAACGCCUGCUGUUACGCCCUUUCAAUCAGCUCAGCCAACUCAACCAUUAGGUGCUUUUGGUUUCAACAACUUUGGUCAAACCCAAAUAGGUGCAAUGGGAACUUUUAGCCAAGGAAACUUUAAGCAACAGCCUGCAUUGGGUAACUCUGCUGUUAUGCAACCAACUCCUGUUACAAACCCAUUUGGAACACUUCCUGCUUUGCCUCAGAUUUCAAUUGCUCAAGGUGGAAAUUCACCUUCGAUUCAGUAUGGUAUCUCCAGCAUGCCUGUCGUUGAUAAGCCUGCUCCUGUUAGAGUAUCACCACUCCUAACUUCUCGACACCUUUUACAAAGGCGGGUCAGGCUACCAACAAGAAAGUACCGUCCUAGUGAUGAUGGUCCAAAGGUUCCAUUCUUCAGCGAUGAAGAGGAGAAUUCCAGUACACCAAAGGCUGAUGCGUUUUUCAUUCCAAGGGAGAACCCUAGAGCUUUAUUUAUACGCCCAGUUGAAAGGGUAAAAUCAGAACAUCCAAAGGAUAGCCCGACCCCACUGCAGGAGAACGGUAAGAGGUCGAAUGGGGUUACUAAUGGAGCCAACCAUGAGACUAAGGAUAACGGUGCAAUUCGUGAAGCUCCCCCGGUAAAAGUCAAUCAGAAACAGAACGGGACACAUGAAAAUCACGGAGGCGACAAAAACGGUUCACACAGUUCACCAAGUGGAGCAGAUAUUGAGUCAUUAAUGCCGAAGUUGCAUCACUCUGAAUAUUUCACAGAGCCUCGGAUCCAAGAACUGGCUGCAAAAGAAAGGGUUGAACAGGGUUAUUGCAAGCGGGUAAAGGACUUUGUUGUUGGGAGACACGGUUACGGGAGCAUAAAGUUUCUAGGAGAGACGGAUGUGUGUAGACUCGACCUGGAAAUGGUGGUUCAGUUCAAAAACCGGGAAGUGAAUGUGUACAUGGACGAGAGCAAAAAACCGCCGGUGGGUCAAGGAUUGAAUAAGCCUGCGGUGGUAACUUUGCUGAACAUAAAAUGUAUGGACAAGAAGACCGGCACGCAAGUGAUGGAAGGCGAGAGAUUGGACAAGUACAAGGAAAUGCUCAAGAGGAAAGCUGGGGAACAAGGAGCUCAGUUUGUGUCUUAUGAUCCUGUGAAUGGCGAGUGGACUUUCAAGGUCGAACAUUUCAGUUCCUACAAGCUUGGAGAUGAAUAUGAUGUGUAGAAAAGGACCAAAGUCGUUGUCAUAUGUAGACUAGUGUCUCGAUUAUUUUUUAUUUUUUUUACCUUGUGGGGUUUUGUCUAUUGGUCUUUUGCAAUAUAAUGUCAAAAUGAUACGUCUUUUACCUCAUUGGCUCAACCUGGAAAAAUUCAAUAUUCAUUUUGUUGUUUUCGCCAAUUAAUAUAAUAAUAUCUCACUAAGAAGCAG